AUGGUUUUGCCCCAAUAUUCUCAACCAGUGGCAGUUCGUGGUGCUGCUGAAUGUGAAUCCACCUGUUUGAACAACUGCUCUUGCACUACCUAUGCUUACGACAGCAGUGGGUGUUCAAUCUGGGUUUUAGACCUCUUGAAUCUGCAACAACUUCCACAAGAUGGCGAAGGAGAUUGGUCAAAGGCAGGUGAGGGUUCAUUGGCGGCUUUCGGCUACAAGGAUUUGCAAAAUGCGACCAAAAAUUUCUCAGAAAAAUUGGGCGGAGGAGGUUUUGGCUCUGUUUUCAAGGGAACAUUGCCUGAUUCAACCGUCACCGCUGUGAAGAGGCUUGAAAGCAUCAGCCAAGGAGCGAAGCAGUUUCGGACAGAAGUUAGCACAAUUGGGGCAGUCCAGCAUGUCAAUCUUGUACGGCUUCGUGGGUUUUGCUCUGAAGGUGAUAUAAAGUUGUUGGUAUAUGAUUACAUGCCAAAUGGCUGA